AUGAGCUCGAACACGAGCAUUUUUACCAGGGGAGACCUUUCCGCAAGAGCAAGCAAUACUGUACACACCGGGGCCCAGGAGCUAGUCGUUGUUGCAGGUCUUUGGAAACGCUUCUGCCACCUUCCUUACAGUACUGAAUACUAUGUUGAUAUUCCUUUUCUUCAAAAGACGUCCGAUUUUAUCUGUGAAGUAUGCAUAAAAUCGACCUUCUUUGCAUUCCGGGACCAAUUCUACGAACAGACGGAGGGAGCAGCAGUCCUGGCCAAUAUAUACAUGGAAGCCUUUGAGAAGAAAGCCCUGGAAUCCACAACGUUGAAGCCUAAAUGCUGGUUCCGAUGUGUUGACGACACCUUCAUCAUCUGGCCCCACGAACGCAACACCGUAGCGGAUUUCCUGGAUCACAUCAAUGGGAUACAUCCAGAUAUCCAGUUUACCAUGGCAGUAGAGAAAAACGCUGCUCUUCCCUUCUUGGAUGUUUUGGUGGAGAGGAAACCAGAUGGCACUUUAGGACAUCGAGUAUAUAGGAAGCCAACUCACACAGACAGGUAUCUGAAUGCACAAUCACACCACCACCCAGCCCAAAAACAGGGGAUCAUAAAUACCUUCAUUCAUAGAGCGCGGAUCAUCAGCGAGCCAAGACACUUGGCCGAAGAACUAGAGCACCUACGCACGGCCUUGAGAGGGAAUGGCUACAAGGAGUACUUAGCGACGACGUAUCUACCUUACGUGAAAGCUUGUACAGAUAAAAUCGCGUGUGUUUUGAAGAAGAGGAAUAUCAAUACAGUAUUCAGUACUGUAAGGAAGGUGGCGGCAGCGUUUCCAAAGACCUGCAGCAACGACCAGCUCCUGUGCCCCGGUGUGUACAAUAUUGCUUGCUCUUGCGGAAAGGUCUACAUAGGACAAACGGGAAGGCACAUCAACACGAGGUUAAAGGAACACAAAAGUCACCUCAAAAAUAACAACUGGGAAAAAUCGGCAAUAGCACAGCAUAGGGCGGACAUAGGACACACAGUGGAUCUGAGUGAAGCCAACAUGGUGGUGAGAGAGAUAAGAUUUUGGCCCCGACUAUACAGAGAAGCUUUAGAAAUUUACAGAAAUCCGAACAACUUCAACAGGGAUAGUGGCGUGGAUCUGUCAGGAAAAGCCCUUAUCCACGAUAUUUUGGAGAAUGCCAUACUUCUGACAUGGAUAGUCCAAGAAGAGCAAGAAAAAAUUGGAAAAAACAAUAAAGAUCCGAAGUCUGCAGCAGGCAAAGAGUCGUCUAAAAGCCAGAAUUUGUAG